CCAUUUUGAGCCCCAAGUAUCUUCAUCCUUGGCUGCGCCAUGUCUGCUCUCAGCAAGAGCGCGACAGUUGCUAUUUUACCUCAUGACAGGGAGAACCUCGACACAGGCGAGACAAUCUUGAGCAUUGGGAUCUUCGUUUUUUGCUCCAUCUCGAUGAUGGUGACCAACAAACUGGCCAUCACAGCGUUUCCGUAUGAGAGCACUUUGACAGCGCUGCAGAUGGCCUUCGCUGUUUUGCUCCUGUUGUGUUUUGCCUUUCGGAGUAUUCACAUCGGCUCCCUGAAAGAUGUCCUGCGCUGGUCCAUGGUGGCGCCUUUUUUUGCUGGGAUGCUGCUGACGAACAUGCUAGCCCUGAAGCAUUGCACAUUGACCUUGGUGAUUGUUUGCAAGACCAUGUCGCCCAUUUUCACCUUGAUGGCUGAGAGCUUUUAUGCAAAUGUGCAAGUGAAUCUGCAGAUGGUGGCGUCACUCCUUAUCAUGCUUUUAGGUGCUGUGCUGUACACCAGGGAGUUGAAGGUUGAGCACCUGGUUGGGGUGCGUUGGUUGACUGUGAAUGUGUCCUUCUCCGUUCUCACGCGGCUUCUUCAACGUCGGCUUUUGGCAGACAAUCGGAUUGACAUCUCCAAGAGCGGCUGCUCUUUGAUCAGCAAUGCCUUAGGGAUCCUUCCAUUGAUCUUAACGGCCUACCUCACAGGUGAGCUGGAAGCUGAUGCUGCACCGCAGAAACUGACAUCCUUGUCUAACCUGGAGAUGUGUUUUAUCAUCGUCAGCUGUGUAGUUGGCUUGGGCAUCAACUAUACCACGAUUUGGUGCCAGAGCCUCAUCAGUGCCACGAGCAUGCUGGUGCUGAUCAAUGCCAAUAGGUUCGUGGUGAUUCUUAUCGAAGCCUUCUUCCUACAUCGCCAGACGUCGGACCAUCGACCGUCCGCGACACAACUGGCUGGUGCCAUGGUGACUGUCCUCGGCGGCAUAGCUUUGGCUGCGCCCCAGAGAGAUGUGAAGCACGGCACGCGGCCGCGGCACGAUGAAAGAAAGGAAUACCAGCCGGCAGCCCCUGAGGAGCAAUCUUCUCAGGAAAUCCUGUCGGUUUAGGGGGGGAUGGGCUCUUAAAAAAAACAUGUGGCUCCUUCUGAAAGAAUGAGUGGUUGCAAUGGAUUUUAGGGAUGUACCGGAAUCGUAGUAGGAUUGGAGAUGAUGAGUCCGGCCAAGUACCAAAUACCAAAAUUCUUUCGCGUUUCUGAAGCAGUUCCUGUAAGAACCUCGAGGUCUGGUGAAUUUUGUUUGAACCAGACUGAUGCACUGAUCUGUUUGACAGUUUAAGUUUGAUAUUCACCAGUGCGG